CCAAAUCUCGGCUCAAAAAUCCUCCGUCCCCGCUCUUCUUCUUCGCCCAGUCUGCGGCUGUCUGUCUGUCACUCACUGGCUUAUCAGACUCCUCCUCUUCUUCUUCCUCUACUUGAGCUGCCGAGCCCGGGCCGACAGCCAGUGACGCUGCAGCUCUGCUGGAAAUUCGAAAGUUGAAGCUCCUCCUGAGGUGCUCCCUCCCUGAGCUCUUAAUCACCUCUCUCUCUACGAAUUCGUCGAGCCAAAAAUUUUGUCAUGAUAAGGUGAAGUUUAGGAUGGUUUGAUGAGGUGCACGAUGAAAGAGAGGGAAGCAAAAGCUUCACUGGGUGCUUCAUUGAUUUCGUGAUGUCGAAGUUUGAGCAUUCAUCCUAGUAGAUAUAUAGUCAUGCAAGCCGUCUCCACUCCAUCGCCCCUCGCCCUACACAAUUGCCGCUGUUUUGGACCGAAGGAUAGGGAUGGGAAGAGUAACCGGCAUGUCUCGAGAUCCAGAACACUCGCAAAGCCUCCACCAGUUCACUUCCCUAGAGGCAGCCCGAAGAAAAAGACCAAACCGUUCGCUGAAGAGGAUGCGUUCCCGUCUUCUCUACCACUGCACACGAGGAACCCACAUGCCAUAUACAGUGAUAUCCAGAGGUUUGCGAGGCAAAACAGGCUUAGGGAAACCCUCACCAUAUUGGACUACAUGGACCGGCAGGGAAUCCCGGUUAACAUAACCACCUUCUCUUCCCUUCUCGCCGCUUGUGUUCGGUCGAAAUCGUUGGAGGAAGGGAAACAGAUCCAUACGCAUAUAAGGAUUAAUGGGUUCGAGAACAAUGAGUUCUUGAACACCAAGUUGGUCCACAUGUACAUGUCUUGUGGUUCCGUUGAGGAUGCAAAAAGGGUGUUUGGAUCAUGCCCCAGCAACACCAUUUAUCCAUAUAAUGCAAUGAUAAGGGGCACGGUUAUCUCUGGUGGGAGGAGAUAUGCAGAUGCUAUUUCGGCUUUCUCUGAGGCGAGGAAGUUGGGAAUAGAGUGUAAUGAAUAUACCUUUACUUGUAUGAUAAAGAGCUUUGCUGGUGCUUCGGCUCUUAGACAGGGCUUAAAGAUCCAUGCGCUUUUGGUAAAGAACGGUUGGAUUGAGAGUUCGAUGCUGAGGACUGGUUUGAUUGACAUGUACUUCAAAUGUGGAAAGGUAAAGCUUGCAAGGUUAAUUUUUGAAGAAAUCGAUGAUAAAGAUAUUGUCGUGUGGGGUGCAAUGCUUGCAGGUUUUGCACACAAUAGAUUGCAAAGGGAAGCCUUGGACUAUAUGAGGGGGAUGAUAUCUGAAGGGAUAAGCCCAAAUUCAGUUAUAUUGACCACGAUGCUACCGGUACUUGGGGUCUUGCAGGCAAGGGAUUUGGGUCGAGAGCUUCACGCUUAUGUGGUGAAGACAAAGCGUUACACGAGACAACUAUCUAUUCAGUCUGCUUUGGUUGAUAUGUACUGCAAGUGCGGUGACAUGGCUUAUGGAAGGCAGGUCUUUUACCAUUCGUUGGAGAGAAAUGCUAUUUCUUGGACUGCUUUAAUGUCAGGUUACAUCUCAAAUGGGAGACUCGACCAGGCUUUGAGAUCUGUAGUAUGGAUGCAGCAAGAAGGUUUUAAGCCCGAUGUUGUUACAGUUGCCACGAUACUACCAGUUUGUUCUGAGCUAAGGGCCUUGAAGCAUGGGAAGGAGAUUCAUGCUUAUGCAGUUAAGAAUGAAUUCUUUCCAAAUGUGUCGUUGACCACUUCCUUGAUGGUGAUGUACUCAAAAUGCGGCGUCCUCGAGUAUUCCUUCAGGCUAUUCGAGGACAUGCCAAAGAGGAACGUGAUCUCAUGGACGGCCAUGAUCGAUGCAUUAUAUGAAAGUGGGAAUUUCUGUGAAGCUCUCGGGGUUUUUCGGUCCUUUCAGCAGUCGAAGCAGAGACCCGAUUCUGUAGCAGUGGCCAGGAUCUUGGAUGUCUGUGCCAACCUGAAGGUUCUAAAGCUUGGACAGGAGAUCCACGCACAUGUUCUGAAGAAAAGGUUCGAGGGAGUCCCUUUUGUUUCCGCAGAAUUGAUAAAAAUGUAUGGGAGUUGUCGGGCAACUCCUAGCGCGAGAUUGGUGUUUGACUCGGUCCCUGUAAAGGGUUCACUGACUUGGACUGCAAUCAUAGAGGCUUAUGGAGCUAGCGGAUCAUACCAGGAAGGAAUCGAUCUUUUUGAUCAGAUGAUUUCCAACGGUUUCGCUCCAAAUGGGUUCACCUUUAAGGCCGUGCUGGGUAUAUGUGAACGAGCUGGGUUUGCAGAUGAUGCCGACAGGAUCUAUAACUCAAUGCCCUUACAGUACAAGAUCAAUGCUUCGAGAGAGACUUUCCCGUCAGUCGGGGAAAGGACUACUACGGCUCUUCUGGAUUGCUUCGAGAAACCUCUCGAACAAACGAGUCUUUCAGUAGACUAUGGCUAGCUAUUAACUCAUCCGGGACGUGUAUUGUAAUACCAAUGUGUAGAUUUUCUGAAAUUUGUAAAAUGGAUACUUGAGAAAGAUUGCUGAUAUAUACAUCAUUCUUUUGACAAGAUAA